AUCAACGGAUACCCGCUUCCCGUCCCCAGACGGCGUCCCGCGCUAGAGGCCAAGCACGAGUCUCCGCAGAAAUCUGACCUCUGAUUGUCCAGCCAUGUGUCCACACGAUACCGCUUGAUUUGACAAUGAUCUUCCAGGCGAGUGCGGAUAAGUCCCUUAUGCGGUUGUUAUCAGAAGUCAAGACCAACAUGUGUCCACCAUGGCCAGUCCGCCCGUUUGUCAUCUCCAUAGAGGAUACUGGUGGGACAUCUAUUGUCACGAUAAUGUUCUAGGGCGAUAUCCACUCAACUGGGCCGCCGCGUCAACUCAAUUCUUACCACCCGUGGCUCAGUGCCAUUUCAGCGAUGCUGUGGAUGACUGUCAGGUAAGUCCAACUAGAUAAGCAGAUGUAUAUCAAGGUGAGAUCGUCCCUGCCACGUUCUCUUUCGUGGUUCAUAUGCCAAUCUAAUCAACCUAAUCAUUACCCUCACCAUGGCCAUCUCAAUGGCAGGUUUCAAAGAGAAGGUGGCGAGCAAGAAGCAGGCCAUCAAGGAGGCAUUUAGUAGCAAAGAGGCUUUUCUUCGAGCAAUCGAAGUAAGAAACACCAUCGAAGAUGGUACGACCACCGGCCACUACAAACGAGCCGAUCCUCGAUGGAUGAACGAGGAUCUGGAGCCCACUCCCCCAGAGAAGCGCACAUGGGGUUUCAAAACCUACUGCAUGUUCUACUUUGGUCUCUCCUUCGGCAACUGGAGUCUGGGUGCCGUCAUGGUUGGCAUCGGCUUGAGUUGGUGGCAAGCAAUUGUCGUCAUUUUCAUCGCCCAGGCCAUUGCAUCCCUUGCAAAGGCUUUCAACUCCAGGGUCGGCACCAUGUACCACAUUGGUUAUCCCGCUGUGUGUCGUGGCAUCUUUGGCUUCUAUGCUAGCUACUACUUUGUCGGGGCCAGAGCUGCUCUAGCAGUCAUCUGGUACGGAGUUCAGCUUUACACCGGCGCGAGUUACUUUGCAAACAUGCUUCGCGCAAUCUUCGGCAGCUCCUUUCACGACAUUCCGAAUGCGAUCCCCGAAUCCGUUGGAAUCACCACCAACCGCAUGAUCGCUUUCUUUCUGUUCUGGCUCAUCCACUUCUAUUUCUGCUUCUACCGACCUUAUCAACUCGUCAGAUUCUUCUGGUUCAAGGGACUAAUAAUGCUACCCGCUGUGUUCGGAGUGUUUAUCUAUUGUAUGGUUGCGACAAAGGCACAAUUCGGUGGCGCCUUGCCCGCGGUGACCGGAAGUCGACCCUUGGGAUGGUUGUUCAUGCAUGCCAUCAACAGCGGCAUGGGUAACCAGGCUACGCUCAUCACCAAUCAGCCUGACAUUGCCAGAUGGUCCAAAACCCCAGGCGCCGCAGUAUGGUCUCAAGUGCUGGUUCAGCCUCUUGCAUCAACCUUGUCGGCGACGUUUGGUAUUCUCGCCACUGCAGCAAUCAACAACGUCUGGGGCCUGCAAUUGUGGAACCCCUGGGAUCUUCUGGACGCCAUCAUGGAUCGCCACUUCAACGGAGGAGCUCGGUUUGCUAUCUUCUUGGCCGCAUUCACCUGGACGAUUGGUAUUCUCGGCACCAACAUCGCAGCCAAUAUGAUCCCCUUUGGCUCCGAUGUCACUCUGUUGGCUCCACGAUACAUUGACAUGAGACGAGGCUUCUUCCUCGCCGAAUUCCUCGGGUAUGCCGUGGUCCCAUGGAAGAUUUUGGCCUCUGCAAGGGCUUUUACAUCCUUCCUGUCCGGUUAUGGUCUCUUCAUGGCCUCGGUGGUUGCCAUUAUGAUUUCAGAAUAUUUCAUGAUGAUAAAAGGAAACUUUUUUGUUUCUCAUCUAUUCGACCCCACCAAGGACAACGAGUACUAUCGAUACCAUAAAGGGUGGAAUAUACAAGCUCUGAUUGCCUAUCUGAUCGGAAUUGCCCUUCCCUUCCCUGGCUUCGUUGCCACACUAGGCGCACCGGGUGUCAAUGACGGAGGAAGAAAUCUCUUCUCCAUGGGUUGGAUUCUGUCCUUCUGUACCUCGUUUGUCAUGUACUGGGUCAUCUGUUCCUUCUGGCCAACUGAGGCUCAAAAGGCCAUUCGUGCACGAGGCCUGAAACGCGAGCAGGUCGUGUCAGAGCAGCUCCUCACUCACGAAGGACUGUCGGUCGACGAUGAGGAGAAGAAUGUCGUAGAUGUCGAGACGACACCGGUCAAGAAGGAUGACGUGAGCUGAAGAGCCAGUUGAACGGUCAUGAUGAGGGUAAUGACUAAUAGAG